AUGCCCUCCUGGUUAAUCACUGGUACUAGCAAGGGUAUCGGUCUCGGCAUUGUAUGCCAUCUGUUGAAAGAGGAGAAGAACUUUGUCAUUGGCACGGCUCGCGACCUCAGCGCCAAGGCGCUGCAAGAGCUCGCUGCAAUAUACCCCAAGAAUCGUCUUGCUCUCAUUGAGCUCGACAUUACGGACGUCACGAGCGUCAAGAAAGCCGCAGAGGAAGCCGCUGCCCUUCUUCCUAACGGGCUCGACUACUUGAUCAACAACGCGGGCAUCAGCCUACAGAUUAUGACUCCCUUUGAGGACCUUGACAUGAAGCUGUUCGCAGAAGAACUUAACUUCUACACCGUCUCCGUCAUCCAAGUGACGACCGCGUUCCUUCCCUUAAUCAGGAAGUCCGCUGUGAAGAAGAUCAUAUUCAUCACAUCUAUCCUUGGUUCGCUUGAGACAAGCGGGUCAUGGCCUUUGAUUGGCAACUCGUACUCUAUCUCCAAAGCGGCCUUGAACAUGCUUGCCUGCAAGUGGGGCGCGGCCCUCAAAAAUGAUGGGAUUAUUGUUGCUCUUGUUCACCCAGGUUGGGUACAGACCAAUAUGGGGGAUCCGUGCAAGGAGUGGGCGGAGACGUACGCUCCAAAUAUUCCCCAGAUUACCGUUGCCCAAUCAUCUGCGGGCAUUGUGGAAGUCGCGAAGAGCAUCACUAUCGAAGCUGCGGUUCCUUUCUACCAGUAUGAUGGCAGCAGACUUCCCUUCUGA